AUGUCAAUUAAGGAUAGUAAGUUAGAAAAUGGUGAUUGUAGUCAAUUACCAGUAUUUGUUAACAAUCUCAUCGGUUCAUUAGUUAUUCAUACUGCACACAAUUGUUCAGGUGUAAGACGAUGGUAUUUUUUCUAUGAUUUUGGAUAUGUGAUUAUUUUACGUUUAAUUAAUUUAACAAAUCUUAAUCCAUACGUAUAUACGUUUAAUGUUUAUGGAGGAAAUACAAACAAAGAUGAGUCACUAUACAAUUCUUUAUUGAUGCCAACAAAUUAUGUAGAACUACAUGUAAAUCGUUCAAGUGCAUUAGCAGAAUUAAUACCUGUACAAAACAAUACACAAAAUGAUUCAUUUACUAUUGAAUAUUUAUUUCAAAAAUUCAAUCAACGAAAUAGUGCUACAAAUUCUUUUUCAAAACAGAUGAAAGCCACUGAAAAUGAAUCCGUCGUGACGAAUUCAUUCUAUCAACAGCCAUCAUUUAUCGCUCUAAUAAAACAUCAGCGAAAAAAAGCAAAAUAUUCUCAUCACCAUUAUUCAUUUAAAGAAAAAGUAAAGCGUUUUAUUCAUGAUAAACCAUCGAGACAAAACGAUCAAUCCCAUUUAGCUUCUCUAACAUCGUCAUUUUCCUCGUCUUCUAUCGAUCAAAAACAACGAAAUCAUUUUUCACCAACAAACAUGCCAUAUACAGUUCAAAACAACAAUACAGUUUUGUUGGAUCCAUCUGCAACAACAUCGAAUCUAAUGAAUAAUGCAACAUUACCAUCAAAACGUUUUCAACAAUCGAUAAUGGACGCAUAUCUAAAAGACUUACAAAGUUUCCAUCCAAACGCUCAUCCAAGACAAAUGAACAGUUAUUUAUUUAUCGAUUUGCAUUCAACAUCGAGUGAAACAUUUCCUGACGGUAGUGGUGAUUAUGAAGCAUCAACAACAAAUACCGAAGAUGCCAUAGAAGCUGCUCCUCGUACAAAUAAUCAAAACGGUAAAUAUCAGAAAAGGAUUCUAUCGGGUAAAAAGUAUCGAAAGCAACAUCGACAAAAACGUUUUUUGAAUACAAACAAUGGACCAAGAUUUUUAAUGCGAGAACGUCAAUUACCUGUACAUAUGUUAUCAUUACCACAAUUACGUAGUAUAAGUAAUUUUCAAAAUAAUAAUACUACAACAUCGAUAAAUACCAUAAAUCAAGAUAGUAGUUUAACAUCAACAGAAUUUUCAUCGACAGACGAUGAUUUUGAUAACAGUCACGCCUAUCAUCUCAAUCAAAAUCAAAUGAAGGCAAUCGAGGAAGAAGUAGAAGAUGAAACAGAACAUCAUCCAACAUUUUGUUCAUUUGAACACCAACGUACAACAUCAACAGUACAAAGUACAGAAACUAAUCAAAUUCAAAACAGAUUUAAAUAUUUUCAGAAACGACAAUCAGUUCCCAUUCAGACCGUACCUUCUAUGACACUAAAUGCAAAUGUUUUACUUGACCAGUCAAAAUUUUCUAGGCACACACAUAACCAUUCACAAAAUAUUCUUGUUCAAAAUAAUAAUUCAUCAGAACAACAGCAACAACAACAACAAUAUUUUGAAAAAGUUUCUACGAGUCGUGGAGAUGACAGUGAUACAUCGUUUUUGAACGACGAAUGGAAACAAUUUAAAAUUAUGCAGCCUGGUGAUGGCAUAGCUUAUAUUAAUGAUUCUAUUUUAGUUUAG